UAAUUUGAAGUUUGAUAAUCUUUCAUAGGGUCUGACUAGAAAAACAUUUCAACCGUAUACUUUCAAGCAGUUACAAGAAAUAAUUAUGAGCCGUAUCCAAGAACUUCAGGCUUUUGAUCCUGAUGCUGUUCAAUUAGUUGCACGUAAAGUUGCUGCAAUAUCAGGUGAUGCUAGAAGAGCCUUGGACAUCUGUAGGUUUGCUACAGAGGUUGUGACUUCUAAUAAGUCUUCACCUAAGAAAAAAUGCAAAGUUCUUAUUGGAAUGGAGCAUGUGGAUAUUGCUCUUCAACAGAUGUUUUCAUCACCUCUUGUUUUAGCUAUAAGGUCAUCUUCUAAUAUUGCAAAACUGUUCUUCCGAGGUAUACUUUCAGAAUUUAUGAGAACUGGAUCUGAGGAGACAACACUACUCAGGAUACACCAACAAGUGGUUGCUGCUUGCAGAUUUGAAGGGCAAAAGCCUCCAAAUUUCUCUGAAGUUCACAAUAUUUGCGCUCAUCUGGCAGCAUCACAUCUUAUUCUGGUCGACAACUUUCAAAACGAUUUACAUAUGAAAAUACGUCUGAAUGUUAGUUCUGAUGAUGUAAGUUAUGCAUUAACAGGAAAGUGAUGACUACUGUUAAACUGGAAUUCAACCAGUUUUAUAUAAUUUGCUUUAUUCAUUGUUUUUGACUCAUAAAAGUAUAAAGAAAUUUUUAAGAAUAUUGUUGAUUUAUCUGUAAAAUUUCAGAAAUGAGUGUUUAUACAUUAUAUUAAUGUUGCAAUCAUAAUUAAAUUUGUAAAAUUAAUAGUUAAAAAUUUAAAUUAUGUAUAUACUAUUUUUGUACUAUAUGCCAUUGUAUACUCUCAUUAAAAUGUAACAAAAGAUUUUAAAAUGUUUAAGUCUUUGUGUCAUUUAAUUUCAGUGUUAACAUUUUUAGUUAUGUAGUAAUAAAUAUUCUAUACAUUUUCAUCUGUGUUUUGGAUUGCAUUCCUUGUUAUUUUGUAUUGGUGCUUGUCAAGCAGUUUUAAUUCAUUUGUAUAGCUGAGAAGUCUAGUUUCCAUUUUGUAUUCAUCAUUUGUAAUAUGAAAAUAAUAAAAAAUUUCUACCAUUUAA